AUGCUUCUCACCAUCAUCAGCGCUGGAGGGCCGUCGGCGAUCAACGCAGUGCUGACGACAGUCCUCAAGGUGCUGGUGGAGUUCGAGAGGAAGCACAGCAGCAAUGAGAGGGACGCUUCUCUUGCCAGGAGCGUCUUCUUUGCCCAGUUCGUCAACACAGCGCUGAUCUCCCUGAUCGUCAACGCCGACAUCACCUACUACGUCUCAGCUCUCUCCAUGCUGGGCAAGGAUGGGCUGGGGCUCCUCACUGGAGACUUUAGAGACUUGACUUCGCGGUGGUACAUGGUGGUUGGCAUCGCCUUCAUCCCCACAGUCCUCACUACUUCUCUGUCCCCCAACAUCGGGCAGUUUGCCAAGUGGCCCGUCACUCUGGUCCAGCAGCGCAUCGCAAAAACAAACGCGCUCACGCAGAAGGAGAUCGACGAGAUCUUUGCAGGCCCAUCCUUGCAGCUCUCGGAGAGGUAUGGGGCGAUGCUCAACAUUACCUUCGUCAUCUUCAUGUACGCUAGUGGUAUGCCCAUCUUGUACUUCUUCGGCAUCCUCUACUUCUCUACCGCCUACUGGAGCGACAAGAUCACCCUUUUAGAGGUCUUCCAGCGUCCGGGCUCGAUCGACUCGACCCUCGUCCAGCUCGCAUCCAACUUCUUUCAGGUACUUUGA